AUGCCAAAUACGCAGUUCGAACUUCCAACACUUGUUUUACAAGAACAAAAUUUUUCUUCCGAUUUCGUGUUUUGGCUCUUGACUCUUCGCGAUGACUCAGUUGCGCUGCACGGUCUAGAUGUUAAGCAUCUUGGAUUCAUUCGGUAUUACAUCCUUGAGAGGGUUGUAAAUUAUGCUGUUUCGCACAAUGUCCAGCGAUUAGGAUUGACUGUCAUAUGUGACAAUGAACAUGUUCCGCAAUGCAUCUUUUCAUGUCAGACUUUGACAUCUCUUAAGCUCACAGUUCACACUAAAUCAUACUUUUCUGAGAACACUUUAUUUCCAAAAUCUCUUAAUUUGCCAGCAUUAACUAGCUUGCAUAUAGGGCAUUUUGCCUUCCGUGCAAAUGGCAAUGACCGGGCAGAGCCCUUUUCGUCCUUAAAUAGGUUGAAUAGUUUGAUCAUUCAAAAUUGUACCCUGAGUGAUGCACAUAUACUCUACAUAUCAAGUGCAACACUGACCAAUUUGACUGUGCAUAACCAUACUCGGGACUUGUACUCAAUCGAACUAUCUUCACCAAAUCUUAGUUCCUUUUCAUUUACGGGUGUUCCUUUACAGCAACUCAGUGGGAGCAAUCUUUCUUCCCUUGAACAAGUGAAUAUUGAUGCAGAAAUUCGGUCUGUUGAUGAAGCAAAUGUUGAUUUAGAAACAAGCUUAAAUUACCCCACAUGUCCUUUGAUUUUACUGAGCUGGCUGGUAGAGCUUACCAAUAUAAAAUCAUUGACAGUAUCUGCAAGAACUCUUCAGGUUCUCUUCCUAAUUCCUCAUUUAUUGGAACUCAAGCUCACUUCCUUGAGUAGCUUGAAGUCAUUGAAAGUAAAACAGGUACCACUUUCACCAAGCUUUAUCUCAAUACUGAGAACAGCCAAGUUACGGAGAGCAACAACCAAGACACGGAAAGCAAUUGCCAAGUUAAAGAGAGCAAUUAAGGAAGAAAUGUCUACAUCGAUACCUGAUGGAGUAGUGGACUUUUUACUUCAAAACUCGCCGUCCGCUAAGGUUGACAUCAUAGAUUGCACACGUUGA